AUGCCGACGAGGAGCCGUGCUAGUGCCGCUGCAGCGGCCGCAACAACAGAAGAAACUGAAGCCGAGCCAGAAAUUCAAGAAUCACUCGGCCAUUUACAGUUCGAUGAGCCAUUGACAUGGCGCGCAGGGAAAGCUAUUCCGGUCGCCGAGCUUCUGCGACGGCUCCAGGCGCUGUCAAAAGAAUUGCGGGACAUGGAACAAGAGGAAGCUGAGCGAGAUUCGUUUACCAAGGUCGCAAAGGAGCUUGCUACUCAUAAUCUUUUAACACAUAAAGAUCGCGGCGUUAGGGCAUGGACUGCAUGCUGCGUGGUGGACAUUCUGCGCUUGUGUGCGCCGGAUGCGCCUUACACCGGAUCGCAAUUGCGAGACAUCUUCACGCUCAUCGUGACAUCGAUCUUGCCAGCCUUGGCUGACCCUGCUGAUCCUUACAAUACGCAACACAUGUAUGUCUUGCAGUCGCUAGCGCAAGUCAAGAGUAUUGUCCUGCUUACGGAUAUCCCGUCUUCCGACUCCUUAAUCCUACACCUCUUCACAUCAUUCUUCGAUAUCAUGUCUGGUUCUUCGAAAUCAUCAUCUGGAGAGGAGUUGGGAAAGAAUGUCGAAUAUCACAUGACGGCAAUUUUGGUGAUCCUGGUUGACGAGGCAGGCAACUUGCCGGCGGAGGUGAUCGACGUGAUUGUCGCUCAAUUCCUACGAGCGGACCCUCGAGCGAUCGCAGCGGGAAAUAACAACGGCAAUGGCAAGAACAAAAAGUCUGCAGCAUUGGCUGUACAAGAUGAUAAGCAAUCCACACUUCUACUAAAAGAGUUGCCCCCCGCCUACACAGUUGCCAGAACACUCUGUAAUUCGUGUCCGGAGAAGAUGGCACGGUAUAUUAGCCAUUAUUUCAGCGAUGUCAUUGUGGAUGCAUCAGCAGCGCCGAGCGGAGAAAGCAAUCCGAAAAAGCCAGGUCGCAAGAGAAAUGAUGAGCAAGCGGAUUCCGAUGAAGACGAAGGACCAAGUGGUCCUACCGAAGAAGAUCUCAAGGAACUCAACAAGGCGCAUAGACUCCUUCGAGAGCUAUGGCGAGCUUCCCCUCCCGUGCUUCAGAACGUAAUCCCUCAACUAGAGGCUGAGUUAUCGACGGAAAAUGUGCAACUCCGACUGCUCGCGACUGAGACCCUGGGCGACAUGGUUGCAGGCAUCGGAGCUGCUGGCCCACCGCAACCUCCAGUCAUGGACCCGGCUAUCUACCCUCCUCCAACACUGACCACUUACUCCGACGCAUCGCCAAGCCAAAGCAUCAUGAACGUUCCGUCUUCCCCCCAGCCCUUUUCCCAGACUCAUCCUGCAACAUAUAGUAAUUUCCUUGCUCGCCAGCGGGACAAAUCGGCCUUGAUUCGUGCCGCGUGGACCACUUGCAUAGGUUGGAUUCUCGCCACCUCUUCAGGCGGAGUAGGCCUCAGUCCUCAGGAGGAACAGACAUUGGUGGACUGCCUCGCUCGUAUGCUGGUCGACUCCGACGAAAGGGUGCGCAUUGCCGCCGUCAAGGCGGUUGGGGUCUUUGGCUUUCGGGAUGUUGUUCUUAAGCUCGGAUCUAGAGGUGGGGUAACUGACCAAAAUUCCGUGCUUUGCAAUAUUGCAGAGCGAGCUAAAGAUCGCAAACCUGGAGUACGCGUCGAGGCCAUGACUGUUCUCGGACGGAUUUGGGGCGUUGCUGCUGGGGAAAUCGCUGCUGGCAAUGCUUCUGUUGCCGAUGUUCUUUCCGGCAUACCCUCGAAACUUUUUGAAUCUUUCUACGUUAACGAUCUUGAAAUCAAUGCCUUACUUGAUCGCGUCAUCUUCGAGCUUCUCUUACCCCUCAGCUAUCCUCCAAUCAAGGCGAAGGGUCACAAGGCUGUCAAUGGAAGUUCGCAGAGAGUCAAAGACAGCCAACCCAACGAAUCUCCAGAGAUAAGUGACGCUGAUCCCGACAAAACUCGGGCUGAGCGGAUUCUUAUUCUGGUAAAGGGACUUGAAACGAGGCCGAGGACUGCCUUUUUCGCUCUUCAGUCACGGCAGGUUGUCAUGGCCAAAGUGAUGACUAUCUUCCUAAAACGCUGCGAAGAGUAUAACGGUGGUGUCAUUGAUGGCAAUGAAGCUGAGAUUAAGUCGCACAUGACUCGUCUGAUUGAUUACUUUGCAAAGACUUUUCCUGAUUCUGUGAAAGUCACGGCCGAUCUCUGGAAGUUUGCUAAAAUGCAUGAUCGGCGAAGCUACCAGCUUAUUCGAUUCUGCCUUGCGCCUGAGAGCGACUAUCGAACGGUUUAUAAAGCUAUUCGCGAAUUCUCCAAGCGAAUCGAAUCAGCUCCGGGUGCUUCAGCGGCUUUGCUUGAGACUCUGGUACCGUUGCUCUACCGGGUCAGUUUGCUCGUCUUCAACAAGAGCCAUGUGCCUUUUAUCAUGGAGUACUCCCGAACCGAUCAGCGCAGUUUGGGCGGGACAGCCCAUGAAUUGCUCAAAGAGAUAUCAACAACCACGCCCGAGGUUUUCCGGGCACACGUCAAGGAGCUGUGCAAAGUCCUCCAGGAGCAAGCUCCUUCAGCCAAACGGACCAAUGAACCAGGCGCUGUGGAUACUCUGAAAGCAUGCGCGACUUUUGCGGCGAAAUUUCCAGGAGAAAUGCCAAAAGACCGAAGAUUUAUGCAGGCUUUACUUGAUUUCACACUCUAUGGAUCACCUCCUCAUGCUGCCAAGCACGCCGUAUCCAUUACGUUGGCAGUGUCCGACAGAAAGGAAAUGUACGUGCGAGAUCUUUUGCAAAAGUGCACCAAGGACUUCAAAUACGGAUCGGCGAAUUUCCUUGCUAAGUUGGCCACGCUGAGUCAAAUCGUCCUUAUUGCGCCGAAGGAAGUCGAAGAAGAAGGAGACGCCAUCGUCGAUAUCGCCAUUGAUCAAAUCCUUCUUCGGCAAGGAACCACAUCCACAGAGACGGAAGACAAGUGGGACGACGAAGUCACGGACGAGCUGCACGCCAAAAUGUGGGCUCUUCGGAUCCUUGUCAAUCGACUGCGCUCCCACCCGGAUCAAACCACCCUCAAAGAGGUCUCGCAGCCCGUAUUCAGAUUACUCAACACUCUAAUAACUAAUCAGGGAGAGCUAUCCAAGAAGAAGGAUACUCCUCCCGCCCACAAGUCGCGGCUGCGCCUUCUCGCAGCACAAUUGUUUUUGAAGCUCUGCACAAAUAAGGCAUUUGACGACUUACUCUCCGCCGAGGAUUUCAACAGACUGGCGCUGACCGCGCAAGACGCUCUGUUCCCUGUGCGCCAAGCUUUCAUCACCAAAUUGCGAAAAUACUUGGGACAGAACAAACUCCCGUAUCGCUUCUACUCGGUUGUAUUCCUCAUGGCAUACGAGCCGAACGAGGAAUUCCGGGAAGAGACCGUCGUCUGGAUCCGCGCCCGGGCUGCCAUUCUCAACCAACACAAGAGCACCGCGAUGGAGAGCGUGUUUGCGCGACUGAUCAGUCUGCUCGCGCAUCAUCCAGACUUUGGCAAAAGUGAUGAAGACUUGUGUGAUUUUGCGCGCUAUAUCCUUUUCUAUCUCCAGCAAGUCGCGUCCGAAGAGAAUCUGUCGUUGAUAUACCACAUCGCGCAACGCAUAAAGCAAUCGCAAGACGCCAUCGAUGAGUCUAAAAGCGAAAAUCUCUACUAUCUUUCUGAUCUCUCCCAGGCGGUCAUCAAAAAAUACGAGGAACUACAUGGAUGGAAUCUCCAGACGUGGCCCGGAAAAUUACGCAUGCCGGGAUCAUUAUUCAAGCCGCUGGAUUCGCGCGACUCUGCGCAAAAUAUUGCCACCACGAAUUACCUCUCUGAAGACCUCGACGAGCUGCUGGACAGGCUUGUCAGGGCGGCAGUCAGAGGUAAAUCGAAAAAGCGCAAGUCCGAAGCCGUCGACGAGACAACCGCCAAGAAACGUCGAGCAGCAGUCUCGACCCCGUCGUCAAAGCCAAAAGCACAGCCAGCAUCGACGCGGAAAAACGGCACCAAGACGAAGAGUACCCCUCGCCGAUCCCAACCAAAGAAGCCGAAACACGACUCCCCGCCGCCCAGCGAACGUCGACGCAGCGCCCGCGCUGCGGCCGCACACCGCAAAUCAUACGCCGAAAGCGAUGGAGAUGAGGAUGAAGUCAUGCAUGAAGAAGAUGAUGAUGACCAAGGGGAAGAAGAAGAGGAGAAGGAGCUUGAAGAAGAGGACGAGAAUGAGAGUGAAGAAGAGAAUGGAAAUGAAAGUUCGCCCCCAGGAGAAGGACACGAUGACGACGAUGACGACGGGGCACUCAGUGAUCCUCCUGACUCUGAUUAG